AUGAUUGAGGAAGAAUUCAUCAGCUGCAGGGAUUCUAAAGUCUGGAAGCCACUCUUUAAGCUUGGUGACUGCUCUGCUGAUUACUUGAAGUUAUGCUCAGUGGACUAUAGACUUUUGCGGAACCCAUUUUCUACCAAACACGAAGAAAUUGACUCUGAUGAGGAGCAAAAGCUUUGGAAGUGCCUCGGUGUUUUCCGCCCCUGCACUGAUGAGGCGUUUGACGACCAAGAAAAGGAGACUGAGGUUAGAUUUACUUCCAGUGUAUUUUCCUUCUACGAUGUUUUUAUUGUUCUACCUCUAACCCACUCUCAUCCGUUUUUAAACUCAGAUGACGCCUGGGUGGAUAUUAAAAAGAUGCCUGAAUACCCACAGCUCAUGCGUGAUUCUAUCAGUAAAAAGACCUAUGGAAAAUAUUCCUUAGAAGGUUACUUGGAUGAAAAGAAGUUCAAAGUAGACGAAAAGGAAUUAGCCCUGCUCCGUCGUCUGCUCACAAUGGAUCCAGUUCGACGUCCCUCGGCUGCGGAGGCUAUGGAGGACCAGUAUUUCAAAGAAGGCGAACCACCAAAUGAGGAUGUUUUUGGAAACGUUCCUAAUCCGUAUCCAAAGCGUGAAUUCAUCUCCGAUGAGGACACCGAAGACAAACACACCGGUGCAGCGGCGGGUACCGAUAAAAUCCAGGGCCAACCGAAUCAUCCUCAACCCGGUGUUCGACAGGGAGCCAACACAGGAGCUCAGCACACAGCUAUGCACCACUCCGGUUUGCACCAAGCGCAGCGUGGCGGCGGCAGCGGUCCGCCUCCUCCGCAACACCAACAGCAGCAGCAACCGCCACCACAGCAACAACAGCAACAACCACAACAACAGUCACAACCAGGUCAGUCAACGCAGCCGCAUCACAUGCAGGGUAACCCCCUCCAUGGCGGUUCGACCGGCGUCCACAUGCGUCCUAUGCACCCACAUCAACAGGGUGACGAUAUGUCCGGCUCAAAACGCAUGCGUCUCGGCCCCGGUGAACCUCCUCCCAAGGUGGUAGCCCCAUCCGGUUCCGAUUUGGGCACUGUGUCCGGAGUACCAAAGCAUCAUUCGGAAGGUCAUUCGCAACAUAUGCAACAAAAUAUGGCCAGUUACCCGCAUCAGGUAGUUCGCUCAUCCAGCCAUAUUAAUCGUAUAAGUUCACAUCAAAUAUGUGAAAUUUUUGACGCCCUGCUCACUGAUCUGUUCGUCAUCUGCUAA